AUGUCGAGCAAAAGGCAGUCUGUCCUGCCGGCUGUUGACCGCAGCGGUCCGAAACCUCCCGUCAACUUUUCCACAUCGCUCACCAUCUCGGACAAUGCGGUACUUUUGGGCUCCCAUUCCAUCACGAUGCAGGCAGAGACGGUGAUCCAUCCCCGGUCGCGCAUCGAAUCGAGCGUCGGCAGCAUUCUUGUCGGACGACGGUGUAUUGUUCAGGAGCGAGUGCAUCUCGGGGCACCUCCGGACAACCGCGAAAAGGGCACUGGCGGAGUGAGCCUUGGCGACUACGUUCUCAUCGAAGCGGGUUCGGUGGUGGAAGCCGGAGGGACGGAGAUUGGAGAGGGCAGCGUCAUUCAGGUUGGAAGCAAAAUUGGAGGCGGGGCCAAGAUUGGUAAGAACUGCACAGUGUCUCACUUGUCCGUCAUUGCGAGCGGCGAGGUACUACCCGACAACACGGUCGUUUACUCCAACGGCACACGGCGAACCGACAGGCGCGGAACCCCAGAGCUUCGAAAGCUAAGCAUUGUGAAGCAGAUUGCUAUGCUAAGGAAGAUGAUACCGAGUAACCCAGACAAGUUCCGAUAG